AUGACUGAAAGUCCAGCACCAAUGUUCGGCCCUGACGGGAAUUACCGCGUGCCCACUGCCGUGGUGGAAGGUGAAGAUGUUCGUAUUCUGGGGUACGACCCAUUAGUGGCACCUGCGUUGCUGCAGAACGAGAUCCCCCUCACAGCCGCCAGCAACGCAGUUGUUAGCGCCGGCCGGAAAAAGUCCAUCCAGGUCAUCAAGCAGGCCUCAGACAAGGUUCUUGUUGUGGUUGGGCCCUGCUCGAUCCAUGACCCAGAGGCUGCUUUGGAUUAUGCCCGCCGCCUCAAGGUGCUCUCCGACGAGCUGAGCGACGAGCUUGUGAUCAUUAUGCGUGCUUACCUGGAAAAGCCUCGCACCACUGUUGGCUGGAAGGGUCUGAUCAAUGACCCAGACCUCGACAAUUCCUUCCAAAUUAACAAGGGUCUCCGAGUUUCCCGGAAGCUGUAUGCCGAUCUCACCGCACUCGGCCUGCCUAUUGCGGCCGAGAUGCUCGAUACGAUCUCGCCCCAGUACAUCGCUGAUCUGCUGUCUCUGGGUGCGAUUGGCGCCCGCACAACCGAGUCCCAGCUGCACCGCGAGCUUUCGUCGGGCCUGUCCUUCCCCAUCGGUUUCAAAAAUGGCACUGACGGGUCCAUCACUGUUGCGGUUGACGCUGUCAAGGCGGCCUCCUUCCCGCAUCGCUUCAUGGGUGUCACCAAGCAGGGCAUUGUGGCCAUUACUGCUACCAAGGGCAACGAGCACUGCUUUGUGAUUCUCCGCGGCUCCAACAAGGGCACAAACUAUGACGCAGAGUCGGUUGCCGACGUCAAAAAGCAGCUCGAGGGCACCAACAUCCACCUGAUGGUCGACUGCUCUCACGGCAACUCCAAGAAAGACUACCGCAACCAGCCGCAGGUUUUGUCUGCUGUUGCCGAUCAGAUCGCCAAGGGUGAGCGCGAGAUCAUCGGCGUCAUGAUCGAGUCCAACAUCAACGAGGGCGCCCAAAAAUGCUCGUCGGGCCCCGACGGUCUCAAGUACGGUGUGUCGAUCACCGACUCUUGUGUUAAUUUCGAAACUACCGAGAAGAUGCUGCGCGAGCUGGCCGAUGCAGUCAAGACCCGCCGCACUCUCUAA